AAGGAAAACACUCGUCGUGAAACAAAUAUCGGUGCGAAAAGUCAAAAUUUGUAAAUGAAAUUCAUACCGUCGGCAAGGUGUGCGGAGAUGUUGCAAAACAUUUUGCGCUAGGUUUCCGUGAGAAGCAAGUAAUUCGUGCGUAAAAGUAUCCUUUUGAAAGGUUGGUAAUAUAUUAGCAACGCUCCUAAGAAGAAAGCAAAGAAGAGUGUUGGUAGCGUUUUGUUAUUCGUAGUGUGUCCCAUUGUCGUUGUCGCUUCAUUUCCCGUUGGAUAAGUCCUCUGCAUGUGUGUGUGUGUGCGUGUGUGUAUGCGCAAUUGAUGUUUUUUCUCCUGAUUGCUACGCGUGUCGUUCAAUAACACAUCAUCAACAUAUUAGUCAACUAUUAUGUGGUCGCUGGUUUGCAUCGCAUUUGUGUAAUAGUUGGGUCGUGUAGCUUUCUUCCUUCACUUCCAUCGUUUUGCCACCCAUCGAUCGGAAACAAGAAGAAACGCAGUGCAAAAGUUGCUCGUGUCUUUCGUUCCGUUGUUAUGAAAAGGACUUGUGUGACCGACCAAAGUGCACACGGAAAUCAUCUGUGGCUGUUCGGUUUUUGUUUCGAACCCAAUCAGGGCUUCCAUCCGUCGGGCGACGCACAUGGACCGUGUGGGGUCUUCCAUCUUCUCUGUGUAAUGUAACAUGGCAGAGAAACAUUAAGGAAAGACAGCAUUACACCGCCUACUAGCACUCUCCCUACACCUCCUUCCCGAAAAGCCGCAUCUGUGUGUGUUUGUGUGCAUCGCAGUAGACGACGGCGACGACGACCCAACACACAGCAGUCUAUGUUUGCGCUGCGUUGUCAAUGAAGAAUGCAGUUUUAUUGCAUUACCGUCGCCGCCAUCGUCCACCACGUCAACUAUGGGUUGUCUGCGCCGUGGUGAUUAGGAAACGCGUACACACCGUGAAACAACGACAGGAAAGGAAAAGAGAAAAAGCCGCAACACCACCGCUACGAUCGGCCAUCUCGUGCAGAGACUAUUGUGCAUAGUGCAUCUCAGUGACCGGAAAUCGGUUGAAAGAAGUACCGUAAGAAGGCUUACAUCCUAUCUCCAUCUCCGCGGCUGCUGGCAAGAAGACACACACAUCAAAAAAACCCACGGAAGGGGCAGAAAAGAUGCACGUGGUGCUGCACUGUUUGUAGUGUGUGCUAGUGUGCGGCUGGCCGUGGUGGUGAUGUGCUGUUUGUCUGCUGCUACUGCUGCAGGGAUUUCGCUUACCUUUCUUCGUGGCAUCCGUGCGCCGGUGCAUUCUCUAGCGUUGAGUCUUUGUUGCACAGCAACCUUUGUCUCCUGGCUUUUUUUUCUCAUCCAAGGACCACCACAUCGUUCGUCUUUUGUGUGUCAGCGGCCAACCGGAAAAGAACACGAGUCAGUUCCCGAAUACUGUACCGUUUUGUUUGUGGGGAAAGCAAGUGCCAGAACCGCUUUACAAGCGGCAGACAGUAGACAAGCAGAGUGUUGGGCAAACUUAUCGAUAAAGCGAAUUUAUUCCAGUGAAGCAAAUCAUUGAACCGCCGUUGGUGCGUAUAGCGGGUGUGCAAGAAUAAAAGUGGCCCCCUCUGUGGCUAGUGGUGCUGUAUGUGCGGUUCUGUACAGUGUGCGUGAAACCGUUCGUUUAAGUGGUGCUCGUUUUGUGUUAUCCUUCGUCCAGCACGAUGAAUGCAGCGCCAGACUUUGGUACCGCAAUCCGGCAGAAUAGUUCACCCAAGCACGACUUCCCACUGCAGAAUGGACCAACACAUCCGGUCGAGUAUCAAAAUUACAUCGGCAGCGGGGGAGGCGGAGGAGGAGGAGGAGGAGGAGGUGUGGGAGUCGGUGUAGGAAUGCAAAAUCAUCAGCAACAGCAGCAGGAUUUGACCAUCGAUGGUAUACCGAACAAUUUCCCCCAUCGGCGAUCGAGAGCGUCGAGAACGUUCAAGAAUCCACCGCAGCCCCACAUGUGCAUCAAGGAGCGAACCGUCGACGGGAAGGAGGUGUUCAUCAAUGUGCUCAGCUGGACACGUAUCGCCAAUCCGGACAAUCCGGACGCACCGAUACCGCUGUACGGUGGUAUGAAAGUGGGCAAGAUUCCUCCUGGUAGCCCGAAAGCGCCACCGCUAGUCUAUGCCGUGAUGGCAAGCCCCGAGGUACUGAAGAAGGCUGGUCGUAAAUGCCCCGACACACCGGAACGAAUGAAUCUGGUCGAUUUGAUGUGCGAGUUUGUGGAAGCCAUGAAUCCUUCUUUGCAUCUGUCGAGAAAACCUGAAAUACUCAAGGAUCGUGACCUGUCCGGUGAAUUGAAAGACGUUUGGAGUGCGGUACAGGCGUGUCGUGAUAAGGGCCGUUCGGAUAAUGGUCCGCCCGAGAAUCUAGUCGUGUACACCGAGUUCGGUCCGGACAGUGCACCCAGCUACGAGCAAACGAUACAGCAACAUCAGCAGCAACAGCAGCAGCAGCAGCAUCACCAUCAACUACAAUAUCAACAGCAAUACGAGCAGCUUCCAAAUUCACACGAACAGCAAGGGGGUCGUUUUCCCUUAUCGGUUGCCACAUCCGCACAGCAACAGCAACAACAUUAUCCUUAUCAUCAUCAACAACAAAGUGCAAUUAAUCUCAACAACCACAGCAACUCCUCCGUACUGACCAGUAUUGAACAGCAGAUCUCAACGAUAUCCGUGACGGAUGGUCCCUUGAACGAAGGUACGACCGGUAGCAACGGCAUCGCACCGACCGCCACGAAUGGUUCGAGCAACAACGAUGAGCUGCUAGCGAAGGAAACUGAAAGUCUGAAACUGUCUUCUAGCAACGGUAGUAGCAACGGAACGGUUAGCAAAACCAACGGAAUAACACUGCCUAACGCGGAUGCUAGCGUGAACCCCGCGCCCCCAAUGACCUCGUCUUCUUCUCCAACUGUGCCACAAACGUCACCGACAAACUCAACGCCAGUGCUGCCUGCAAAAGAACCGACGAAAAGCUCUUCGGGACACAAUUUUUUUCCGAUGUUUCGCUCGUCGAAAAGUAGCAACAGUAGCAGCACUAGCGUUGCUGCUAACAGUAACAGCACUGGCGGCAACAACGGCGCUGCUAACAACGCACAGUUAAGCUCAGGUACGGCACCCGGUGGUGAUAAGCCUUCCGUGAAUGGCGGUGGUGGUAGCGAAUCGGUGGCAUCUUCCAACGCAACCAGCGACAAUGGAACGUCCGAACCGCCAAAGGCAACGAAAACGAGCAGUAAAAAGAGUGGGCUCAACUUUUUCCGACGAAACAAAUCAACGGCGGAUGGUGGCAGUAAGAAGGAACCCUCAACACCUACCAAACAACCUCCAGCGGCCGGUGUACUACCGGCCAGUAUCUCUUCAGCGACCUCAGGCCCUGCAACGCCGGCAGCGACGGGGGCAGCCUCUACCGGACCGGAAGCGAAACUGCAGACGCUUAUGGACAACGAUGCCAUAUCGCACGGAAAUCAUCGCGGCCAUCAAAAUCAUCCGUAUCAUCUAGACAGUGGUAGCAAUGGGAAUGGUGGUAGUGGCGAUGGUGCGGGUAAUGGUGGAGACAUCCUCGAAACAAGUACGGCCACUAUCGCAGCAAAGUAGAGAAUGAGCGAAAGUAAUAGCUUCAUUGGCAUUGAACGAGCUGACGCUCCUUGGCAUGUGAUAUUUUCGGCUGGGCAGGACCCUUCCUCCCUUACCUCUCCUUUUUUUCUCGCCUUCCCAGUGGUGGCCGGCAUAAGGGUGCUGGGUGGGAAAGAUUGAUUGAUAGUUGAUGAUGUUAUUGUAUUAUGCAGUAAAUCCACAUCCACCUGUAGUUGGAGGUGUCGCUUUUGGGAGGGAUGGUUUCGGCAUUAGGGAGAUAAAUCUUUUUGCGGGUUCGCGUGUGCAUAUGUGUAUGAGAGUGUAUGUGUGAGGAUGGUGUGAGUUUGAUAGGAGAUAGUGUAAAUAGCUGUGCCGAGUUUACGGACUCGGUUGGAAAUGUUGCUAAAGGGAAAACACAACAAACAGAUACAGAUUGGAGAAAUGUUUUAAAACUCUCUUUUUAGAUGCAGUAGCAACAACUCAUCGGUAAAACAUUGCUCACACCUUUUUCCAUUCUCAGUAGAAUAAUGUUCGUUUGUUUUUUUCUGUUUUAUUCUGCCAAGCGUAUUCUGAUGCGCUCGGGCGAAUAAAGGAUACAUUGUAUUAGCAAAUGAUUGAAAAUUAUAAGUAGCGCGCUAGGAAAAUAAGCUCCACUAUCUAACCGCUAUUAUUGAAGUAAAGGUAUUGUGCUGAAGGUGCCACGGACACACCUUCACACCAAUGCUACUGCCAUCUGAUGUUUCCCCCUACCCGCAAGGGCACGAUGGGAACAGUCUAGAUUAACAAUCGAUUUUAAAUGGACGGCUGGAAUAGAUCAAAAUGGAAUAAUGAAUUAACUUUGUAUCGUGAAACAGUCGUAAGCUAUCUUUCGCAGUGCUUUUGCUGUAGAGAUGCUUAAGAAAACAUUUUUUAAACCAAUGCAAUUCGAAUGGGUUUCGAAUUCGUGGUGUGAAAUAAAAUAAAAAGCAGAAACAUUGCUCGCUACUAUUCGGUAGGAAUGCAACAGUAUUGUUGCUAAACUGCUUAUCCGUAGGCGACAUAGUUUGUAAAUGGUUAGAAUAGCCACACUUUUGUGUGAAACCGAACGUGGAGAAAAUGCAACGGUGUACUAUAAUGUGUACUACCUGCUGUUUGCAAAGAGACAUAGUAGAGAGUGAAAGUUUUCAGACAAAGCAAUGAACAAAACAAGAAUUAAAAAUUGUACCGACGCGCGUGUCAGUUGUCAAUUUCCCAUUGUAAAGCGCAGAAAGCCGGAGGAGAAUACAAUAUUCUAUGAUAAUCGUUUGUGAGCAAGCAAGAUGAAGUAAGGUUAUGGAUCGGGCACCAGUUCAGGUAGGGAAAAAGGGAGUGUAAAGCAUGUUAAUUACAUUGAUAUUAACGAUGAUUGUUCUCGUUUAGGCACACGGAAGAGUAUGGGCAGGAAUAGAAUAGAAUAUAGUGGACGGUGCACAUUUUCUACUUCACAUUCAACCGGCUAAUCUAUGCGGUAUGCUCUUUUCUAUUCAGUACGGUAUACAUAUAUACUAUAUAGAAGCAUUUUGUGAACAGCUACUAUUUAAGCUACCUAAACACAGGACAGACACACUCCGCACGCACCAGCGACAAACGGGUCCCAAACUUGGUGAAGGACGCGCAAAGACAUGCAAAUGCUGCCAUUUUGUUUAGUGAAACACAUCGGACAGAGAAUACGUUUGUUUGUUCUUCCCUUUUCGUUCUUUCGGUUCCCAUUCCGAAACGGUUCUCGUUUUGCAAUGGAAAUGGGACCGAAAAUGCGAAUAGUAAAACUGUGUAGAAUUUAGAAUUAUGCGAUACGUUUAUGAAGGGCCAGAGCGUAUUCCUUACCGUUGACGGUUAGUCUGGGAUUGCUCCGAAAAAAAGAUUAAGUCGAAUGAUUAGUGAAACGAGUGGCAAUUGGACACACCAUGCAGAUGAGGCAACAAAAAAAGUAUUUCGUACUUCAAUCGUACUGAUUUUUAAAAACAUGGUAUUUUAGCAAGCUUGGAGCAAGCGAAAGAUGCAACUUUCGCACGUGAUUAAUCGAUGCUUAUUUUGAGUGUGUGAGUGUUUUCUUCGAUUUUAAGUUUAUUUUUGUUUUUGAGCUAGUGUUUCGGUACGGUUCGGUUUAGUGUAUUUAAGUGACGGUUUAGCAAGAUUAGGUUAGCAAACGCAUUGAUUCGUUCCUUCGCGCGGUUAGAUGUCGAGUGACCGGAAUGCUCCCGCUGUGUAACGCUUUUCACUUAACCACAAAACAAAUCAAAGAUCUCAUUUUGGCCGUUUUGGGGUAGCGAAAAGACGAUCGAAUUUAGUUUUUGCUCUCUUACUAUGGUGGAUUUCCCUUAAGCCAAUAGAAAAAAAAGGAAAUGAAGUCUGAUAACUGAAUGAGCGGAAAAUGAAACUGCCAGUAAGAACGCUAUGAGAGGAGGGAUUAUACUUUUCAGUCAGACAUCUUGCCUAAGUUAUUAUACGUUGUAUCCGGUGUACUUUCCUACGAUAAGUCUCGUUCAUUCCUGAUUCAUUUAUCUGCAUCGAAGCAAACGAACGGGCAACGGUGUAGUACAUCUACCGUACAAUUAAUUAAUCUACAGUCUAGUAACACAUUAGGGUAGCCAUUUCGCUGCCGAUAGUGCAAGUGGCGUAAGCGAUGGUGCGAAAUCGCACUGCUAGUAUAAAUCCGUGAUAGACAGCAUCGAGACGCGAGUAUUUAUUUCAUUUCAAAUUCAAUAUGUACUGCAGCAAUACGAAGGUGUGCGUGUGCGAGUGUAUGUGAGAUUUUCUUUCGUCUAAUCUGCGCGCAGAGCAGUUUUAAUCAUAAUUGUUUAGGUAUAUAUCUAUUUUAGCGCAUAUCAAACGCAUUAGCUAAUUACAAAUCUGUACACUCCAGACUGUGUUUUCGUUUUACGGGAAACAAAAAGCCGAACAAAGCAAAACAAAACAAGCAAAAAGGAAACAUCCGCUCUCUUUUUCAACUGCACGCACUCUUUUCCGGAAAUGUAAGAUGCAAUUAUGAUUUGCUGAAAGGAGAGAACAAUUACACGAUGUGCAGCAGAUUCACAAACUUUCGAUAUAUGUGUAUCGCGCACGAGUAUGUUUUAUGUCUAGUUUACGUACGAACAUCUGUCCUAUUGAGGGCGUUUAAAUUAUAAAAAAACAAAACAAAAUCCACUGUCAAGUAUUCACGCUGAAGAA